CACCAAAGUCGACGAUUAGAUUCUGCACGCUCGUCAAAUUUGAUCCCGGGACCUCCUGUGCUCACCGUCAUCGUUGGGGGACUCUGCAUCUUUCUCACCAACAUGAGUAACGGCAGCCCCGAGCGACCGGCCAAAAGAGCAAAGCUCGAAAAUGACGCUUUUGGAAACGAAGUAAAAGCCACUUCGCUUAAGAGUACACAAGGCACCCGCGGAGGAGAGCGCGGUCAUUCUGGCAAACAUCAGGGCAAGAAAAGGGGCCGUCCUUAUGUCAUCUUCAGUGCCUCGGGCAUUCACACCAAUGAUGUCGGCAUCAUGGUCACGAGUGACAAGGGCAAAGAAAGGCAGUGUGCUCAAGACCUAGUCGACUUGUUGGACGAGCAUAUCGAUGUUGCCGAAGGGGAGACCGUUAUCUCAGCCGACAAGACCCAGACACAGGAUUCCGAAGACCCAUUAGACAUCGAGGCCGAUAUUCACGCAGAGCUUCAGUCCCUCGCCGCACAACCCAGCAAGACCUCAAAUACGACACCUAGCCAAAAACUGACUGUGGUUUCUCUGGAUAUACCGUGCGUUACCUUUGUCAGAUUUCCCACCGCCAAAUCAACAGACCAUAAGCUUGACCCUGUGGAGAUCGUGCGCACCCUUUGUACGUCUGCUGCAGAUGUAAACUUCAAGGGACCAAGGAGCCGCUAUAUCAAACGAUUGACCCCAAUUACCCUGGUUCGCAAAACCUUGAAUGACGGCCUUGAAUCUUUAUGCGAAGCAGUAUUACCUGAACACUUCCGCAUUGGAGGACAUGGCUCUGAUACCCAGGAGGCAGAACAGACCUCGACCCCCCCAUCCACUCCAAAAGGCUACAAAUUUGCCAUCCGGCCAUCAAUUCGGAACAACAAUAAACUCGACAGAGACCAAGUCAUCCAGACGGUGGCACAGAAAAUCGGGCUUCUUGGGCAGAACAUGCAUACCGUGGACCUCAAACACUAUGAUAAACUCGUCUUGGUCGAUAUCUACCGAAAUAUCGUUGGUAUGAGUGUCGUGGGCCCCGAAUUCGAAACCUUGAAACGAUUCAACCUUGCAGAGCUCCACGCGAGUCAUUUUGUCGAGAAAGAAAAGGACAAGGGGGACAAGUCAAGGUGAUACCCUGUCUUACAUGAUCUGUUAUUUUCUCAAGGAUACCCGCCUGAGCUUUUGCACUCCAAGGAGCCGGAUCCUAUGUGACUAGAACAAGCAAGAAUUAUCCGUCAUCUCUAAAUCUUAAGCCCUCGAUUCGGCCGGCUCCCAUGAUGCGCAACGUCUACAUCUGAUCAUUGAUAGCCCUCCAUGAGCCACGAUACCUCAGCCCAGCCCAGGACAACCCAAAGAACUCCCAGGGAUGCGGCCAAAAUCAGACUGGGUAAACUUCUUCCGCUCAUCGCCUUGUCCUCAGCCAAGUAACCUCCCACGCAGUUGACCAUACUACUAUGUGUUCCCUUGGGGCAAACAUCAGGUGGGACAGCUGAUACUUGGUCCUUGCCAGCGCAAUACUCUCGUCCUUGCGUAUUGACUGGACAGCAAAAUAUCCCCACGAGAUUGGUCAGCACUUGAUCAGGUCUUGAUCUCGCCUCAUAGCCGUCUGGACAGCAUGUGGCACCUGCCUUUGGUGUGUCAAGGAUGCGCGACCAAACUGUGCCAGGUGGGCAGGUCCCUUGCUUUUCUAUUGAGCGAGCACCAAGGCUUCCCGAGAUCUGUGGAUUUAUAUUGGUGUCCCCGACUGUGUGUGUGGUGUAGGGUAAAGUGUACCCUGUUGAGCGAGCGAGCAUUGACAGCAGAAAUGUGGCGAAGAAAAGGCGAGUUGGAAAAGUCGACCACCUUGAUACUACCAUGCUGUAUCGCGACAAGGUCUAUUAAGCUGUUAAGCUUUGUUCCCCCGGUAGAUCUCUUGAGGAGUACACGAAAUUGGCCCGCCGUGAGAUUCAUGGCACAAAUCAGAUUGCCGAGGAGGAUGGGAGAGUGGUGGAUAUAGGCUAGAGGACCAACGAGCAGCCUCUGCCGCACAAACGAAGGAUGAUGUGACUCUGUCAUCUGGGCUUAACGAAUAUUGCACGAGUCAUCUUGUUCAUCUUGUGGAGCAAUCUGACUUGCUGCGAGCAAUUGAACGGGAACCACCUGAAGUGGGUGCGUUAUGCAAACAUGACACACAUGGAACAAACAAUACUGCGAUCUCGUUCUGCAAGCUGGUCGUCGUGUUACGAACUUGGACGCGAGACUCUUCCGCCGUGCGAAAGAUCUUUGCUGGUCGUCGUCUUUCACCUUUCAACACUUGACGCCAGUAUGGAUGUUUGAACAUCGACUUGGGCAUGCCAUCAAGCUUGCACAGACCUUGGUUUAUUUGCAUCGAGAAGACUCUCAGGUGACGUAGUACUACAAGCUGGCUCGAUUCAUGUUCCGCGUUCGGGAAUCUAGAACGACAUCAAACUAAAGACGUGAAACAAGGAUAG